GUGUUUCCGGCUCUUCUCAGUUGCAGACACUCGUAAAUACUCGGCAGUUUCCGGGAAAACUCGGGGAAUUCGUGUGUUGCUGGCGGUGUUCGAUCGCUGAGUUGUGUGGUGCAGGGUCUCCAGCUAGUUAUGGCGUCCCCGUCUAGGAGACUGCAGACUAAACCAGUCAUUACUUGCUUUAAGAGCGUCCUUUUGAUCUACACUUUCAUCUUUUGGAUCACUGGCGUUAUCCUCCUUGCCGUUGGUAUUUGGGGCAAGGUGAGCCUGGAAAAUUAUUUUUCCCUCUUAAAUGAGAAAGCCACCAAUGUCCCCUUCGUGCUUAUUGGCACUGGUACUGUUAUCAUACUUUUGGGGACCUUCGGUUGUUUUGCUACCUGCCGUGCUUCUGCAUGGAUGCUGAAACUGUAUGCUAUGUUUCUGACUCUCAUAUUUUUGGUGGAGUUAGUUGCUGCCAUAGUAGGAUUUGUUUUCAGACAUGAGAUUAAGAACAGCUUUAAAAGCAAUUAUGAGAAAGCUUUGAAGUCUUACAACUUGACAGGAGACUAUAGAAGUGAAGCAGUAGACAAGAUCCAAAACACGUUACAUUGCUGCGGUGUCACCAACUAUAGGGAUUGGAAAGAUAGUGAUUAUUACACAGAAAUAGGAUUUCCCAAGAGUUGCUGUAGAAUUGAAGACUGUUCUCCACUAAAGGAUGCAAAUCAAGUAAACCAUGAAGGCUGUUUUAUAAAAGUGAUGACGAUUAUAGAAUCGGAAAUGGGAGUUGUAGCUGGAAUUUCCUUCGGAGUAGCUUGCUUUCAACUAAUUGGAAUUUUUCUGGCUUACUACCUUUCUCGUGCCAUAACAGAUAACCAGUAUGAAAUAGUGUAAUAAGAAUUCAGAUGGGUUAAUUCCUUUUCGACUUAAAGGAUACUUGAGUUCUCCCUAAGUGAAUUAUAAAAUUACCUGGCUGAAAGAGAUUACGACUGCAAGCAAGAUAUGUGUUCACUUGUGUUUUAAGAGCAUUGAAAACUUGUAUCUCUCUGAAACUGAGUUAGUAAAUUGUAAAUGAGAUAAUGCAGUGUUUCUCUUGACUUUAUUUUUUCUCAACAAGCCUUUGAAAAGUGCUGUGCAUUUGCUAGUUUGUUAUUGAUAGAAACUUAAAUCUUUCUGAAUUUGCUGUUGAUACAGUAUAAUAGAAAAUUGGCCUUUCUGAACUAGCCUCUUACCAGACAAGAUUAUCUGGUUUGAAUGUGUAAUUUGCAUCAAGAAGGGAAAAUGUUCAUUAUUGUCUGUUCUGCUGACAAGCAGAGAGUCACAUAGUGUAAUUCAAUUCUAGAUAGUCAUUGGAUGGAGCCUAUCAUGGGAGUCCUGGGUGGUGGUAGCACUGUAAAGCUUUGGGUCUAAAGCACUGAGACUAAAGGAAUUACCAAUGUUCUGUGACACAUCAUGUGUCACUAUGUAAUUUACAAUUCUUUGCCUCCAAACUAAGUAUUGAUGUUGUAUUGAUGUUGAUAUUUUUUCCCUAUUGUUUGAACGGUUCAUAUGGCUGCUUUAAAAGUGUUAGAAUCACUGCCUUUUCCUUAGAAAUUUAAUAGAGCUUAUUUUCUUCAAUUAGAAUUUCCUUACCAGGUUGCUAUGAUUUAAUUGUCAAUAUUAAGAUCAAUGUUAGUUGUAGUUUUGUGUCGUUGAUUAAUAAAUCUUUUACACAAUCA